AACAUCAAUCUCUUUCUUUGAAUUCAGCCAAGUUUGUUCAUUUUCAGAAGCUGGAUUAAGUCGGUGAGAAUGGAUCGAGGGAAAUCCGUGGAGGGGGAUGGAAGUGUUCGUUUACAGGUUAUGGAGUUGAGGAGGAUAAGUGAAACCUGUGGUUCAAACACCAAGUUUGAGCCUCAGAGCAGUUUGGAGAAGAGAGGAAGCAAUGCAGAGUCUGUUUGUUUGACAACAUCAAAAUCGGUCAUCCGUGCCCCAGAAACGAAGCUCACCCUUUUUGCUCUCCGCCUCUCAAUCUUUGAGAAGGCGGCUACUGGCUUGGGAACUCUAGGAUUCAUCUGGGCCACGGUGGUUCUUCUGGGUGGUUUUGCCAUCACCUUAGACAAAACCGACUUCUGGUUCGUUACCAUCAUUCUAUUGAUUGAAGGAACUAGGAUUUUCAGCAGAAGUCGUGAACUUGAGUGGCAACACCAGGCUACCUGGUCGAUUGCUGAUGCCGGAAUCAGCAGUUUCCGAAUGCUGAGAUCCAGCUCUCAUGUCGCUGUUAGGAAGUUGAAAUCCAUUUUCACCCCCAUUCCCAAUACCAGAAAACAGAGCCAACAUGGCAGAGAAAUAGCAGCAGAGAAUAAUUCUGCAAAAACCGGAAGCUCUAAUUAUCCAACAACCCCAACAACUACAAGAACAUGGAUCUGUUCAGAUGUUCCUCUUCUUCCUUAUGGACAAUGGAUGUUCCUUUCCAGAAACGUCAGCAGGCUUUUGCAUUGGCUUCAGCUUCUGUCAGCGGUAGCCUGUGUUGUUCUCUCAUCAAUGAAGCUUAUAAUGCGUAACUAUGGAGAUGUUCAGAAGGGAGAAACAGAUAAGAGAAACCGGAAAUCUGCUCUUAACAUUUUUUAUGCUCUGGCAUUAGCUGAAGCUCUCCUGUUUCUGAUGGAGAAAGCUUACUGGGAAUGGAAGGUGAUAUACUGCAAGCUCCUGGACGAAGUGAAUAGCGAGUGUGAGUUAGGGCCUUUGGGUUUGGUUUCCACCAGGAAGUUUUUCUAUGAUGCUUACUCAAGAUGUAUCAAUGGAAGUAUAUUUGAUGGGUUGAAAAUGGAUAUGGUGAGCUUUGCAAUGGAUCUCCUGAGUUCAAAUUCCCCCGAUGAGAAGCUUGUUGGAGUUAGAAUUCUCCGGCAGUUUGCAUUCAGUGAGCGGUUCUCCCAAGAUACUUUACAGAAGAUUGGGAUAAACCUGUCUGUGGUGGAAAGUUUAGUAGAGAUGUUGAACUGGAAAGACCCAGAAGAGGAAGAGAUCAGGAAAUUGGCAGCCGACAUACUGUCAAAGCUGGCCUCAAAGAAGCAGAAUGCUCUUCGUGUUGCUGGAAUACCGGGAGCUAUGGAGUCCAUUUCAUCUCUGCUUCACACCAACAGAAGUUCUUGUGAUGCAGCUGAUGAAAUUGGAGGGAAGAAGCUUGUCUCUGAUCAUGCAGGUUAUGAUUACUGGACGUUUAACCAUUUAGGCCUUCUCAUUUUAAAGAAACUCGCCCAGGAUCAUGAUAACUGUGGGAAGAUUGGGAACACCAGAGGCCUCCUACCCAAAAUAAUAGAUUUGUCACAUGCUGGAGAACGGCUGCUGAGAGAUGAAAGUGUCACACGAUCUCAGAUCCUGACAGUGAAAAGAUCUCUGCAACUGCUGAAGAUGCUGGCAAGCACAACGGGGUCAACAGGGAAACAUCUCCGGAAAGAGAUAUCUGAGAUAGUGUUCACAAUCAGCAACAUUAGAGAUAUUCUACACUAUGGAGAAAAACACCCCAUGCUGCAGACACUAGGCAUAGACAUACUGACCAAUCUAGGGUUGGAAGAGGAAGCAAAGGAGAGAAUUGGGGGCACCGGUGGAGUUCUCAAGGAAUUGUUCAACAUCUUCUUCAACCAGGGGAUUCCAGAGUGUCAGAAUCAUGUGAGGACUGCUGCAGGAGAGGCAUUAGCAAUGCUGGCCUUAGAAAGUAAAAGCAACUGCCACAGAAUCUUGAAAUUAGAUGUAUUGAAAAGGCUCAAUAGAGCACUGGAAGUUCCAUUACUUCGCGUGAAUGCGGCAAGAAUCCUAAGAAACCUGUGCUCCUACAGCGGAGCAGAAUGCUUCAACCAGCUGAAUGGGAUUGGAGCUGCAGCACCAACAGUGCUCAGUGCGGUAAUGUCUCAAGAGAACAAACUUCAGGAAGUAAUGGUGGGGCUAGCAGCACAACUGUUCAAAUUCAUAACUUCUGAAGAAUCAAGCAUGAUUUUCCAGAAAGCUGGAAUUACAGAGGAAGAGUUAGCUUACAAAUUACUCCAGAUUCUGAGGCAGCACUAUAAUCCAUCAGCUAAAGUUCCGAGAAUGAGGAGAUUUGCCAUAGAGUUGGCAAUCUGUAUGAUGCGCAGCAAUGCGAAAAACAUACUUGUUUUUGAGGAACAGGGGAUGGAGAAAGAGCUGGAGGGUGUUCUGGAGACCACAUCAGAGCUUGAAAGCUUCAGGGUUUUCUCUGGCACAGUGGGGCUCAGCCGGCACAGCAUACCAAUUCACUCCCUAGUUGAAAAUGCAUUGAAGCAACUUAAGGAAAGGUGAAAGAGAUGCAAAACAUGCACUUCACAUCUGCAAAUACCACUGCAAAAGUUCUAAUGAUUGAUCUAGUAAAUAAGCAAUCAUGAGCAUUUCCUUUUUCUCUAAGCAAUAACCAUGUCAAUGGAACUGAUUUAACUUAUUCUAAUAAUGACUUAAUAAAUGAAUUUCCUUUUU